CUGUAAGAGUAAGAAAGUCCUGCCCAGCUGUUUGCGAAGUUUAAGAUUUCCUGUUUCCCCUGCAGCGCCGAAGUGAAGUUUUCAGUGAGUCACCCGCGGUCCCGAGCAGCGGAGCCGCGCAGCCCCGCUCCCCGCCGGCCCCGCCACCGCCGCCGCGGCCUCCCCGCCGCCCCCGCGCCCCGCCCGCGGCUCGCCGGCCGUGCCGAUCCGGCUCCGCGAUGACUCCCCGGCUACCGAGGAGCCUGCGGCGGCUGCUGCUGCGCCUUUCCCUCUGGGUCCUCAUGGGCAGUUCGGUCCCCGCUGUGCUCCGGGCGGAAUUUAUGUCACCUGUAGACAGAAAUAAGGAAAGUGGAUUGAAAAUGCCAAACCUCUGCAAAUUUUGUGACAUUAAAGUAACAACCUGCUCAAAUCAACAUCAGUGCAAGAGCAACUGCAACAUCACUUCUAUCUGUGAGAAGACUAGUGAAGUCUGUGUUGCUAUAUGGAGACAGAAUGAUGAAAAUGUGACCUUAGAAACAAUUUGCCAUGAUCCCCAAAAAACACUUUAUGGUCAUGCUUUGGAUGACUACAACUCAAAGAAGUGUUUGAUGAGGGAAAAGAAGGAAGAUGGGGGAUUGAUGUUCAUGUGUUCCUGUACAAGUGAAGAAUGCAAUGAUAUGCUCAUUUUCUCAGAUGACCCUCAAAAGCCACAGGAGAAAGAUGAAAUUUCCAAAGUCACAAUCAUAAGUCUUGUCCCAUUACUGGUGAUUUCUGUUGCUGUGAUUGUUAUCUUUUAUGCCUACCGCACUCAUAAGAAGAGGAAACUCAACAAGGCAUGGGAAAAAAAUGUUAAGCCCAGGAAACAUAAGGACUGCAGUGAUGUUUGUGCCAUUAUGUUAGAUGAUGACCGUUCAGACAUCAGCUCUACCUGUGCCAACAACAUCAACCACAACACAGAGUUGCUGCCCAUUGAGUUGGACAUUGUUGUUGGUAAAGGAAGGUUUGCUGAAGUGUAUAAAGCCAAAUUGAAGCAAAACACAUCAGAACAAUAUGAAACCGUGGCAGUCAAGAUUUUCCCCUAUGAAGAAUAUGCCUCCUGGAAAACUGAGAAAGACAUUUUUUCAGAUGUAAACCUCAAGCACGAGAACAUUCUCCAGUUCUUGACAGCAGAGGAGCGUAAGACAGAUCUUGGUAAACAGUAUUGGUUGAUCACUGCCUUUCAUGCUAAAGGAAACUUGCAGGAAUAUCUCACACGGCACAUUAUCAGCUGGGAGGACCUCUGGAAACUGGGUGGGUCCUUGGCCCGAGGGAUUGCCCAUCUGCAUAGUGAUCACACACCCUGUGGUCGUCCCAAAACCCCUAUUGUACACAGAGACCUAAAGAGUUCCAACAUCCUGGUGAAAAAUGAUUUAACCUGCUGUCUCUGUGAUUUUGGGUUAUCCCUGAGGCUGGACCCUUCUCUGUCUGUGGAUGACCUGGCUAACAGCGGGCAGGUUGGCACAGCAAGGUAUAUGGCCCCUGAGGUUUUGGAGUCCAGGAUGAACCUGGAGAACAUGGAGUCCUUCAAACAAACAGAUGUGUACUCCAUGGCUUUGGUCCUCUGGGAAAUGACAUCUCGCUGUAAUGCUGUCGGAGAAGUGAAAGAAUACGAGCCCCCAUUCGGCUCCAAAGUGCGAGAACACCCUUGUGUAGAAAGCAUGAAGGACAACGUCCUAAGAGACAGAGGGCGACCUGAGAUCCCCAGCUCCUGGCUGAACCAUCAGGGCAUCCAGAUGGUGUGUGAAACUCUUAUUGAGUGCUGGGACCAUGACCCCGAGGCCCGGCUGACAGCACAGUGUGUUGCAGAGCGCUUCAGCGAGCUCAAGCACCACGACAGGCUCUCGGGAAGGAGCUGUUCGGAGGAGAAGAUCCCUGAAGAUGGCUCUGUGACCACUGCAAAGUAGUAUGUACCUGAGAGCUCAAAAAUGGAGGGAAGUCACUCCUAGACGUGUUCGUCUUGGCAAAGGAAGAAGUCUUGAUCAGUGCCUUGACUUGCUUCCCGGAGAACUGAGGCUGUCACUACUCCCUUUAGGCUGCAACUCUGGACUGGGAGAUGUAUUCUGUGAAUUAAAAGCUGGGGAGUAGCUGUCCUACCCUAGCAUUGGCAGCCGGCAUCAUGUCGUAGGAGGAGCUAUGUAUGUUAGCACUUCCUCAGGAAAUGAGAUUUGAAAAUAGCCAAUAACAUUAUGCACUUUAUUAAUGCCUGUAUAUAACUAUGAAAUUGCUAUUUUUAUAUAUAUAUAUACAUAUAUAUCUAAAAAAUGUGUGUGUAUGUAUAUAUAUAUCUAUCUAUAUAUCUGUAAACAUCCAUGCUCUGAAAGAAAAAAGUGCUUCCAGGAAAUGACCAGUGCAUUAGAAAUCCCUCCCCUUAGGGAAGGAACCUGAGGAGACUGGUAUAGCACCACACCAGCAAUUGUGCACUAAGCGCUCUGCCAAAAAGAUAGGAAUAAUAUGCAAUAAGAAGAUGACUUUCAAAGCAUGUGCUGUGACCACCUGGCUGUGGCCCUGCAGUUCGCAGUUGCAGGAGCAGUCUAGCAGCAGACAGGCCAAUUUGACUUUGCAGUUGUACCUACAUGGUCCUGUCUGCAGCACCUUGCGGAAAGUUCUGGGAUGCCUUUUUCCUCUCACCUUAACCCCAAUGUCCUCACAGUGUCCCAGAACAGGAAUGUGAGGAGGUUUGGUCCUUCCCACAUGUGUGUUUUGAUACAGAGGUCGUUAAUGUUGUAUUUUUUUUUUUUUGCUUUGAAUUCAUGCUGUUUGCAAGCAGGUUGCAAAAUAUGAGCAGGAUGAGUUUUCCCCUCCUCCUAUCCCCACGCCCAAACCAUACAGAACACAAGAGCCAGCAACAAUCCAAGCAGAUGUUUUAUAUUUUCUGUGCAGUCUGAGUGUGGGCAGUACUAUUUUUUUCCCCUUCCUUUUACCUUGAUUGUGCUGCUGUAAGAUCAAACUUUUUUUUUCCCUGUACAGCAUGUCUAAUUGCUUGACACACCACAGUCUGACUCUGUUCCAUACUUUCGAAAGUAAGAGACAACAGCUGGUGCCUUUAUUCUUGCAAAAAGACCUUGGAGGUGAGGAAAAGCUCCGUAGCAAUAGGUUAAUGGCAUAUCCUGCCCACAGCAUUUAGGGCUGUCUCAGCAAGUCAGCAAUUCACAGAAGAAAAAAAAAAAACAAGCCACAACCAAAAACCAAGAAAGACUUUUUUCAA